AUGCCAGCUGCGCCUCUUCGUUUUCCCAAGGUCCACUAUUCCUUGCUCCAUCCGAGCAGAGAGUUCGAGUUGGAUCGAGAAACCGGCAGACUGCGAGUCCAUGCUUCCAAAAUCGACGGAGCCAGCACUGAUUCCAAAAGAAAGUUACCAGCUCUUCUUGAUCGCGAGCGGCGGGACACAUAUGAACUCACUGUGAUUGCCGAGGAUGAUGGUGACCCACCGAGACGCUCUUCAGCAGUCAUUCACAUCACUCUCUCCGACGAAAACGAUCACGCGCCAGAAUUUUUGUUUCCGGUUCCACACAGCCCAGGUAGCAUUUUAAACUUGUCAUGCACCCAGUUGGGCCAUCAAGUCAUCGCCAGAGUCAUAGCGAACGAUUCCGAUGUUGGUCGCAAUAGCGAAAUAGAAUACAAAAUACUACGAGUACAGACGACCACUACAACAAAACGUGCCACGAGAGACAGCGACGCAGGUUUACGGGCAAUGGAAGAGGAGGAUGUCAACCAAGGACAACCAAAAGAAGACGACGAGAUAACGCCUAGGAACGACAGAGCACAAAAUUCAACCCUAAAAAAUAUGUUUCUGAGGAAUAAUUCAGCACUCACUACGAAAGAUACUAAAUUGGCUUCCAGUCCGAGCUACCUCCUACAUGGGCCAACGAACGAUCACUUUGAAAUUAACAAUCACAAUGGACAACUCUUUCUUAUUCACCCGGUCUUAGAUUGCAGCCAACCGGCUGAAAUUCGGUUGACAAUCGAGGCUCAAGAUGGAGGGAUACCCCCACGGUCGUCGACGGCGGUGCUGACGAUUCGCGUAAAUUCCGAUGACCACAACCUAAUGCACUCAUCAGUGAAAACUUCCAGGAUCGAAGGUGAUUUGGGUAAUGACGUGGCGGUGAACAACAAAUUCGUAUAUUCAAACAGAUUGCACAGUAGAAUAAAUGUGCCAGAUAGCAGACAAAGGCGAAAACUCGUACAUCAUCAUGUCAGCAACCCGGCUGCAAAACACUUCACGGUAUCUUCCCACUGGUCCACCGUUGUUGGCCUUGUGGUAGCCAUGGUGAUCCUCGUUUUGUUGUUGUGUCUCACUUUAAUCGUUUUCCGGAAGAACUUUACUACAACUGGCGGAAAGCCACCAGAAAGAAGUGAACAUCCAAUCAUUGUGCGAUUCAACCAAAAAUACAAACGAUCCGAAGAGCCCGAGGCCGAAUGCAAGGCCGAAAAGUUCUCCUGGGCCGAUGCAGCACACAGUGGGAUCCAUUACGGGAGCUCAAGGAAAGCUGCUUUGGCAAACGAAGUACCCAUUGGCUCGCCCUGUCACAGCUCUCUCUCUCCAGCCACGAUGACCCAGGUAGACGAGCUGAGUUACUCGCCGAUCAACUUGGAAGUAGAUCCAUCCACAAUGAGCGCGCAAUACUUUGAGACACUACCAGGAUUGCCUGCGUUGAACGACGGAAGAAUCGCCGUACUACAUCAUAAUGGCCGGUUGAGGUGUGACAAACACAGACGCGUUUGCAGCACAGCAUACGGAAUGGAAAUGUCCGGUGAUUUUGCCAACAAAACUCCGAACAGGUCAAGUGGACAGAGAGAACCACUGCUAGAAGGAAGCGUCAUGACAACAGGAUAUCCAUACCAGACACUGAAACCGAGGCAUCCGUGUGCGCAACAAACUGAGUCGUCCACGAUGGACAGAAAAACCACCCUCAGAAGAAACGUGGAUUUUCUUGGGUGCAAUGUGCAGCUGGGCGAGAACAAGUGCACCGCUUGCACUAAAAAUGGGAGCUACAUGCAGCUGUUGUACACACCGACAGUCAUCGAUAAGGCUUGUGUACCAAGACCACAACGAAACUCGCAACUAGAUUUGACGGAUCGCAUAAGGAACAAAGUGAGGGACAACGAGUUCAUUGUUGAUGAGAAGUCGACCGACAGCAUGCAAUCGGUGCGUGAUCGGGCCAGUAGUUUAACCGAGUUGACUUUUCAACAGGAGGACCAUACGACUGGCGACUGCACAGAUCCCAGAAGGGAGUUCAAAUGUCAGACUAGUAAACCGAGGACUGGCAAAUGCACGCUGGUCGCUUGUAAUCGAUCGAAUCUCAGUCAACCAAAAGUGCAGCCAACGAAGCAAUAUACAACUGUGCCCAAAGCGGUCAUGGUAGGAAUGGCCCCUCAAGCAGGUGGUCAUAAGAUUAGAACCUACAGUGUGUCCAGCUUUGUGUGAAAAGUGAACAAACAAUAUAUAGUAGAAAUGGAAACAAUCAUAUCUAUCAACAAGAGGAUACAGUGGUGGUGUGCAACCCGGUAACAAGCGCAUAACAUACAUACAAACACACAUGAGUCACGGGAACUUAUCCAACUAUGGCGUCACUGUUUUCAUUCGUAUGAGAUGCAGUUAUAUCAGCAAAAAACACAGUGCGCAAUCGCGGCGGCAAUGUUGCUAAAACACGAGCAAAU